AUGGCUACCGUCAACAUUCGUCGGGAUGUUACCGAUCCCUUCUAUCGUUACAAGAUGGAGCGCCUGCAGUCCAAGAUUGAGGGCAAGGGCAAUGGAAUCAAGACCGUUGUUGUCAACCUGAACUCGGUCGCUCAGUCCCUUAGCCGUCCUCCUGCAUACGUGAUCAAGUACUUCGGAUUCGAGCUUGGUGCUCAGGCCAACGCCAAGCCGACCGAUGAACGUUGGAUCAUCAAUGGCGCCCACGAUGCUGCCAAGCUCCAGGAUUACCUUGACGGUUUCAUCUCCAAAUUCGUUCUUUGCAAGAAGUGCAAGAACCCUGAAACCGACGUCAUCAUCAAGGAUGACAAGAUUAUCCUGGAUUGCAAAGCCUGCGGACAGCGUACCGAUGUUGAUUCCCGUCUGAAACUGAGCACCUUCAUCCUCCGCAACGAAACUAGUGGAAAAGGAGGGAAAAAGAACAAGGCCGACAAGAAGACCCGUCGUGAACAGCGGAACAAGAAGAAUGAAACAGCGAAUGGAGAAAACGGCAGCCCGGGAGACAGCAACUCUGACAAUGGUGACGCCGAGAAUGGCGACCUGGGCAUGGACGCUGGCAGUGACGAUGAGCUUACCCGUCGUAUUAAGUCUGAGGCCGAUAACAUUGAAGCUGAGGAUGCCGAUGAAGUUCAGUGGUCCGUCGACGUCUCUGAGGAGGCCGUCCGUGCUCGUGCCAAGGAGCUUCCCGAUGACCUGAAGCGUUCCCUGGUCAUCGAGGAUGCGGACGAGGAUGGUGCUGAUGGUCCUUCUGCCUAUGAUGAGCUUGGUAGCUGGGUACAGGACACCGCGACUGAGAAGGGUGGUGUUGCUAAAGUCAGCGAUGUAGACAUCUACAUGAAGGCCAAGGAAUAUGGUAUUGAGUCGAAGCACAAGACCCUGGCAGUCCUUUCUCAAACCAUGUUCGACAAGGACAUUGCUAAGCAGAUCCCUGGCCGCGCUGGUCUGCUUAAGAAGAUGAUUACCUCGGAGCGCCACGAGAAGGCCUUCUUGGGUGGUAUUGAACGCUUCGUUGGCAAGGAUCACCCCGAGUUGAUCAGCCAAAUCCCUGCCGUCCUCCUUCGCCUCUACGAAGAGGAUAUCAUCUCCGAGGAGACCCUCAAGGCAUGGGGCUCUAAGGCUAGCAAGAAGUAUGUUGAUAUCUCCACCAGCAAGAAGGUCCGCAAGGCUGCUGCGCCUUUCCUCGAAUGGCUUGAGAAUGCCGAGUCGGAGAGCGAAGAGGAGAGCGACGACGAAUAG